UGUCAACGAAAUGCAGCAAAAAAGAUUAAAAUCAGUCACCUCAACAAUCAACACUUUAGUACAAUCUUGUUCUGCAUUCCAAUCGAUCCUUUUGAAUGCUAACUUGCUCCUAAAGGAACAAGCUGCUACAUUUUUUCCACUUG